AUGGGAGGAGUGUGUUUAUGCUGCUCGUGGACGUGCAGACCGGUGUGGCCGCUCUUCAUCCUGCUGGCUGCCGUGACCUGCGUGCUGCACUGCUCAGAGAGUCCUGCAGCGGUGGUGGGAAAGAUGUACCCACGAGGGAAUCACUGGGCAGUAGGUCAUCUGAUGGGAAAGAAGAGCAUCGAGAGCCUGCCUGAACUCCAAGAAGCGAACGGCGACAGCGGCCACCUCGACCCACCAGAAGCAGCCAAGAGGCUCCCGGAGCUGGACCGAUACGAGCACCUGAUGGAGGCUCUGCUGCAUCCGAAGAACCACAAACAGCCACAAACUGCAGACAGGCUGCUCCACAGCAGCUGGACAGAAGAAGACAGAGAAAAAUAUCUCAGAGAGAUGUCAGACCUGCUGCUUAUGGCUUGGAAACGGCAAGACAGUGACUCCACCUGA